CUGGCUCGCCCACUAUCGCUCAUUCCACCGUUCACCUCCAUAUAACUUCACACAACCGGUAGCAGUAUGAGGCAGGUCUUCAUUCUCUCCUAUACGGCAGCAGCAGCCUGCUUAAUUUCCACUGCUUCCGCUUUGGCACCUCCACCAGGCUCGAUAAGAAAGGACUUCGGGAUUCCCGGCGAACAGAUACCUCUUCAGUCUCCCGCCUUAGAAGACCAGAUCAUGCCGCCGGUAGACGAUCAGGUGUCUACGGGUGUUAUUAUUUCCGAUGUCAUUGGAAAGACCCAGGAUAUAGCUAUUUUCAGCGGCCUCACCCGAGACAUCGACUCUGUUUCUGCGCGACUAAAUAAUGCUUCUAACAAUGCCACGGUGCUUGCACCAGAUAACGCAUCAAUGAAGAGUUUAGAGCGGAAACCUUGGGAAGAUCCAAAAGAUUAUGACACAUUUGGCACCAACGCAUACGACGGUGGCGAUGGGCAAGAUCGGGCGACGAAGAAUUUGAAGAGGUUCGUGGAGUCACACAUCGUUCCAGAAAGCCCUUGGAAAGAAGGAGCGAAGCUCAAAACUCUUGCGGGUAACGAAGUCUGGUUUGAGGAGAAGGAUGGAAAGAAAGUGCCCGCCAACAUCGAAGUCGCUAGCAUUGCAGACAAAGUAGCGAAUGGAGAAGUUUGGGUAAUCAAAGGUUCUCUUGCAUAGACUUUAUGACUCUAUAGAAAUCUUUCUUCUACGAUUAUUGGCUCCUGGUUGGCGGUUUGAAAGCAUCUUACGUCGUUGGUGGCUCUUUGGUUUUCCCCGCCUUUAGCAUGCUGAACUAAGGCACUACGGAGGUUGAUUACCAACUUGAAACAAUUAUACGUUCUGGAGAUCUGGAUUCAAAGGUUGGCCAUUUCUGUAUGUCGG